CAAACGAACUUUUCUAGAAUCACCGACUCAAUGAGUCAAUAAUCAAAAUAUAACAUCGUUGCCACGUCGUCACACUUCAACGUCGCGCCGGACUCUGUGGCUACAUUUGCUCUGAAAGUCUGGGGAAGAUCAAAAGCUUAUUGCUAUUUUAUCCCUCACAUGGCGGCUCUGCGGAGGCUAGCGAAGACAGUUUCGGCAUGGCGUAUCCUACUCCCUUCCAGCGCUCCUUCACGCGACUUGCCUCGUCGUCUUCCUAACCGAUCUUUUGAGCGUCAAAUUCAUUUCAAUGCUUCAGAAAUUGGGAGGCCGAGAUUAUUUCCGGGAGUUUCGGGACCUCGUUCUGUGUUUCCAGCUAUCUUAGCUAGUUUAUUUGGUGCUGGGUUGAUCAAUAUUGCAUAUUCUGACGCUGGGGAGGCAGGUAGUGCUAAACCUCCAUUGGCACCAGAAUCUUCUUCAAGUUAUGGGGACUUGGAGGAAAUUGCGAAGAAAGAGCGACAGCGAAUUGAGGAGUUAAUCAAAAAGAAGGGACAGCCAAAAGGGUUUUAUCCCAGGUUUACUGUUGCUGUUAAGGGCCAAAAGAUCACCAUUAAGUUCCAAGUACCCCAUGGAUGUGAGGUUCCACAAUUGAUUGCAAACCUUGUCUCAAAUCUUGGACUGAAGGUUGAAGAGCAUGGUGGUGGUUCAGACAUGUCAUUGCGUGCUUGGGACAGUGCAGUUGCUUGGCAAUUAACACUUAGGCAUCCAGGAAAGCUGAAUAAACAUGGAGGGGAUCAAGCCCAUUCUACUGAUAUGAAUACACAUGAAGAUGACCUAUGCAUCCUCAUAUUUCGUUCGCUUAUUACCUCAGAUAAAGCAGAAAUUGAGUUCAUAAAAAAAGGGAGCUUGAGUUCUGCAGAGCUUGAUGCUUUUGUGUCUACUUUGCAAUUAGCUGGUGGAAGGUUGGGCCAAAAUAGAAACUUGGAUAGAAAACCUAGAGAUGGAUAUGCGCAAGAGACACCAGUGGAAAAUACAAUAUCUACUCUUGAGUCUAUGGGUGUGAGAAUAUAUGGACUUGGCAAACCCCAAGUGAAUUCCUCAAAUACUGAGAUAUCAUGGGAAAAUAUUGCUGGCUAUGAUCAACAAAAGAGAGAAAUAGAAGAUACUGUAUUAUUGUCUCUUCAGAAUCCUGAAAUAUUUGAUGAUAUUGCUCGUGGGACUCGGCGCAAAUUUGAAUCAAAUAGACCUCGAGCGGUGCUUUUUGAAGGGCCACCAGGUACUGGAAAGACAUCUUGUGCUCGUGUUAUUGCAAAUCAAGCGGGUGCUCCAUUAGUGUAUCUGCCACUGGAGGUUAUCAUGUCAAAGUAUUAUGGUGAAAGUGAACGUUUGUUGGGAAAAGUUUUCACACUUGCUGAUAAGCUGCCAAACGGUGCUAUUAUUUUCCUGGAUGAGGUUGAUUCCUUAGCUAUUUCUCGGGAUAGUGAAAUGCAUGAAGCAACACGCAGAAUUUUGUCAGUGCUUUUGCGACAGAUUGAUGGAUUUGAACAGGAUAAAAAAGUGAUUGUCAUUGCUGCAACAAAUAGAAAGCAAGACCUUGAUCCUGCUUUAAUGAGUCGAUUUGAUUCAUGCAUUACCUUUGGCCUGCCCGAUCAUCAGACUCGUCAGGAAAUAGCAGCUUCAUAUGCAAAACACUUAUCAGAGUCUGAUUUACUUGCAUUUGCCAGUGUUACAGAAGAAAUGUCUGGAAGGGAUAUAAGGGAUGUGUGUCAACAAGCAGAGCGCACAUGGGCAUCAAAGAUUAUACGAGGACAAGCAACCAAGGAUGGUGACAAAGAUUGCCUUCCGCCUCUGCAAGAAUACAUUGAGAGUGCUUUAAAUCGACAGAAGUCUCUACUCAACACUGCACGCCAAAACCACCAAAAAUCUUACUCUCCCACAAAGAAACAGCCCUUGGAUUUAUACUGAACGAGGUAUUUAAUGUGGACCGGGUACAUCUUCCACCACCUGCAUUUUAUUUUUAAAAUUUUAGAUUAUACGUAGAACAUACAAAUGUUUUUGGAUAUGAAUUGGGUCUUAGAUCUGGUCAGAAGACUGUCAUGCAGUUCAAUUGGUCCGAUGUUGUCACCAUAUCAUAAUUAAAAUUUUGUAACGGAUUUAUUAAAUAUAUUUAUCAACUGGUCAGAUGAUAUCAUUAUAUCAUAA